ACUUACUGUUAUAUUGUUAACUGUUUAUAACAUAAACUGAAUAAACAUAAAUGAUUAAAAUUAAGAUAAAAUAUCAAUAAAAUGUGAUAAUAUGGUUAAUUAGACAAAGUUUUGUAAUGAAAAUUUUAAAAUUUUUAAAAUGAUAAUUCUAGCGCAUUUGGUUAUAUAGGCCAAAGUGUUAAUUCUCAGUGAUUGUAAAUAAUUAAAUCUUAAUAUCCAGCACCCUUAGAGAAGAAUGUAAAUAAACGACAAUGAACAAAAUUGUGUUUCAUACAUAAACAAAACUGUUUUCAAUCAUGGAAAUUAAGGGGAAAUAAAAUGUUCAUUUUGGUGGGGGGAGGGGGAGCAAUUAUCACAUUUGAAAAGGGGUGGAAAAAAAUCAUCUCACCAUAAUAUAUUCAUAAUCCUCUCUAGUGAAGUCUAUAUAGUCUCUCCAUGAAAUGUAUUGGGAUGUUUUCAUUCUGUGUAUGAAAGAACGCUUGCAUGUUCAUGUGCUGUCCCUAGUUUUACCAAAAAAAAAGAAUCUAUCUAUAUAUAUUAUAAGCUAUUACGCGUGUAGCUGAACGCAUCUCUCUUCUUGUUUUCAAUAUACAAUGGUGUUGAUCCUCAAUAUAUAAAAAAAAAAAAAUUGUAGCUGUAGCCCUCGUCCUUUUCCCAGAUUUAAAUACAAAUAGAUAUAAAUCCCCACAAAGGCCUCGUUUCAAAAUUCACAAGCUUUAAUCUCUCGAGCUAAAUGUUGAGUCAAAUUCAAUUGGAAUUCAGUGUUGAUCACUGCAUAAAUAUACUGGCAACUGAAUCACUAUAGCAUCGAGGUGAUCCUUCUUUGUCAUUUCUACACGAGUGCUGUAAAGUAAACAUUGGAUUUGUUCAAAAUCUUCCCAUACCUUUUCUCGCACUAAUGCCUCAAAAUUUGUUCAUUGUUCCUAUCUGGCUUCAUCACCUCAUUCCUGACCAGUACCAAUCCUCCCUCCUCAUACAGUAAGCCACACAUCUUUAUAUAUAAUAUAUAUUAGGAUCAAACCCCAUUUCCCUAGGUACAGUUUAGAAAGCAACUGUCGUUAUCAUGAUGUUUCAAAGUUUAUGAUUACAGGUUUGAAUGCCCAGUGAAAGAAAAAUAAUAGAGGUAAACCUUUCAUAUUAUAAGCACUGAUCAUACAAAACUUUUAGACAGUCUCUUCGUAUGGCUUCUAAAAACUGACUUAGUUUCCCUUCAGUAGUGUUCUUAUUAAGUGUAUGUUAGAAUUAACCACUCGCAGGCUUCCUCUGUACAGACUGAAUUCAUUGGCUUCUCCAACAGCCAGAUCUAUCUAUCUCUCUCUAGCAGUGUUGUUGUUCUCAUACUCUAGUUUGGUCUCCCGUAGCUUCCAAAGUCUCUAUUGACAUUUGCUCGUUGUAUAUCUCUUAGUGCAACAGACUUUGUGCUUUCCUGGUAAUCUGACAUUUAUCCCAUUCGAUUCUAUACAUUCAUAGCAGUUGUUCCUGUCAUUGCUUUUAUAUAUAUCUCUCUAUUUUUUUCUAUAUAUAUAUUUACCCAUAAGCGUUCACAGGUAAGAUUUAAUAUCUAUCUGCUUCUAGAUAUGACUGUUAGAUAUAAUGGAACCUUUAGAUAUACAUUCCUGGUAUGCUGCCCAACAUUAUGAUAAAAUAACCACAAAAUGAUAUCUUGACUAAUUUAUAUGUUUUCAGAAGUUGAUCAUGUACUUGUAUAUUUCACUGUACUGACCCUUCCUGUGAGGGAUGUAAAACCUUAUCUGAGGCAUGUUGUUGAAUAUCUGAAAAAAAAAAACUAUUUGUUGAACCUCUGAACUUCUCUGUAGCACAUUCAAAGUGUGCUAUAAGAUGAAUGAUGGCCACGGCUCUCAGCGUUUUGCCAAGAGAGAAAGAGAUGGAGAGACAGAGAGAAUGAGAGAGAGAGAAAAAGAGAUAACUCCAGUAUUUCUCGUCUUGGCUAAUCCAAACCUGGAGUCUGUGGCCAGUGUAGGAAAUAUAUAUAUAUAUUCACGUUUUAAUCUUAUGUGUACCAUGUGAAUAGCAACACGAGAAUGUUAUUUUUUUGUGUUGGAACAAACACCUCUACAUACAAACAAGAAAAUAUCUUUUUAUAUUUAUGCUUGCUUUUCUGUUGUUGUGGUUUCUUACCUGCUUGUCUCAUAUUGCAGGAGUAGGCUAUUUCUGUGUGUCUCAGUGUGCAAUAAAAAAAACAUAUUAUAUAUACAUAUCUCCGGUUGCUGUUGUUUUCGAUGUGUCUGUUUUUUUAUAUUACUCAGUUUUACAGCGUCUUUUGUCGGUGUAUACAAAGCAUGUAGUUGUGGUGUGGGAAUUGGUGUGUUUUAUAUAUAUAUAAAUUUGGUGUUUCUGGUGUUGUCAAGCAUAAAUUCAAGAGGAUGGGGGGGAAAGAAGACAGCAUCUGGGUAUGCCCUCCUUUUUCCCUCCCAUCUUCCCAAGAUAGCUUCUUUGGAAAAAAAAAAAGUUGCGGCAAAUGAAAUGAAUCUAAACAAAGCCAGAACUAUUACAGCAUCCAUACAAUGCUUUCUCAAGUUGUCCACAUGGAAAGUACCCAAAUAUGCUUAGGGAUCUCAUGAUCUUUCUGUGCAAUACAGAAAGACAGGUUUGCAAUUCAUGUUGUCUCAUAAAAGUAACUCCUCAGAAUAAUAUUGCUUUUCAGUGGAAAUAAACAAGAAAAUUUUUUCACAGCUUUUGUAAAAUCUUACACAGAUGAGAUAGGUUAAGUUAAUUUAGGUCAGUUUAGUAGGUUAGGCUUGGUCCUAUAUAGUUAAGAUAAAGCACUACAUCUAUUGCUAGUGAUACAUAAACUGCAUCGUAUUGUAUUUAACAUAAAUUCACAAAACAAUGUAUCUAAAGAAACUGUUUUCAUUAUACUCGUACCUACACACCAUUACAAAGUAUCAGUCAUUUCAACGUAUCUAAUGAAUUCACUUUUAAUAUCUUAAUAGGAUAUUUAAUAUAUUUAUAAGGUAUCGAAAUAAGUAUAAUGAUAAUGGUCACUCUUGUCUACUGUACAUAAUGUUUUGCUAAGCUAUGGAUGCAAAGUGGUUCUCAAACCUUUUUAAUAUAUCUUUCCACUUCUUUUUUAUAUAUAUUUUCUUGUAAGUGUAUCAUUAUGCAUAAAAUUUUCUCUUAGAAUGUGGCUUGGAAUAAUAUAAACUUUUUGUUUUUGUUUUUUUUAACUGAAUCAUGAUGUCAAUUUUUUUUAUUGUCUGCAGGUAUUGCUUAUGAUACUUCUCCAAUUUUUGCAACCCCAGAGCUUGUUAGAUUCUUGCCUCAGAUUUUUUGGAUAUGCUUAAUUUGAAAUUACGAUUUCUCCUAAUGCCAACCGUGCUUGCAUUCCAUAUACUUUUUAAGACGAAAUACCACUCCCAGACCUUCCUUUGCUUGACUGCUACUUGAUUCUGGCAUAUCUGUUGCUGGUCUUGCGAUGAUUUACCCGAGUGCUCUAAAAAAGCACUCAAUACGUUGCCAAGGGUCUUACCUAUUAUUGUAGUUCAUGGUUGGUAUUCAUAAUCACACGUUAUUGUCUACUGACGAUUUUUUUGGGAGAGGCAUUGUAGAACUCUUUAGAAAACUGGAGUUUCAUUUGUGCAUAUUUCAAGGUUAAAUAUGAAAAUUCUAGGUAAGGCCAUAAUUGGCAUCAAUAUUAUUGUUUUUCAUAUAAAUGUUCAUUGUGCAUUGGCAAUAUAGAAAAUGAGUGCUUCAAUGAAUCAAUUGUUCCUUAGCUCGACCAACAUUAUUCUUUCUCAAUGUGCUUACCCUCAGGCUUUCAGCGUUUUUUGGUAUAUAUACAUGUAUGUCCCCUCAUGCUGUGCUAACUAGCAAUAUUUUACCAAUGAUGCCUCUCCAACGCAUCAGAUAUUUUUAUAGAUAUUUUUCCCAAGCUCAGUUUCCCAGUGUCUGUCCCCUGGCUUUAUGAUAUUACUGAUAUUCUCGGUGUUAUUCCUUUCAUCAAUGUGCUUCUGCCAAGCAAAGUAUAUCAAAAGCUGAAAUUAAAAAAUAGGUCAGGAAAUUCACGAGUAUGAACUUCUGAUAAUCAUUUUCUCGCUUUCAUUUUUACCUUAGUCAAUAAGACUAUGCUAAAAAACAGGAUAAAAUUAUACAACUACCAAAAUGCUGAAUGUAGAAAUCAUUGGCAUUUGUAAAUCUAAUUACAGCAGUUUUAUUUUCAAGAGUUUCAAGACAAAUGAGUCCUUUGAGGAAUAUAGCACACACCCAGACAUUUUUAAGAUGGUUCAUUCCUAGUGGGUUAAUGAUAGAUAUAUUCAUUUGCAUAUUGGUAGAUGAGAUUUUUCGAACUUCCUGCAUAACUUGAUUCUAACAAAUCAGAUCACACGCAAGGCCAAGUUACUGAACAUGGAAAGUCAAAGGUUAAAUCCCCAUCCUGUUUACCUUUUGGAAUCUGAAAGAAGUGUCAAAAAAAGACGUCUAAGUCCACCCUGUUUUUAAAUCGACAGCUUUUGGUAUAUUUCCCGGCUACGUUUCUGACAUGUCGAAAAGAUAUUUGUGUUGCAUAUAAAUGUUUCGUCUAUUCUGUAAGGAACGGAAGUCUUGCUGAUGCUUGCUCUGAGUGUUAUCUUUAUCUAUAUUCAUAGAUAUAUAUCAAUAUACAGCUUCUUCCACAGUGACUUGGCGACAGAGUGUAUGAUUGGACUGUUUAUUUGGGAUAAAAAAAGUCAAUGAGUUCUUCAGGAAAUAUCUAUGUUUCUUAAAAACACCAGCAAUUAUUGUGAAAUUAUCUAACCAUAGGCUGCAUUUGACAGGCUACUUCUCCUAAGCAUAGACGAGCAAACAAAAUUGAAAGUCAUUUUUUUAAAUAAAAUAAAUUUCUUUAAUCAAACAAAUAAAAAAAAUGAAUGUUAAAUGAUUGCAAAUGCACAAAAAACAAUUAAAUAUCACCUCUGCCUUCUACAUAGAAUAAUUAUAAUGCAAAACAAAAGAAUUAAGGUCGAUUUCCAAAAAUCAUCAGAAAGCUUUUCAAUUCCCAGGACCUUUUUAUGCCCAUAUGCAGCUUACGGUUAGACCUUAAACUUCUUGAUGCUUCUUUUAUGUUCGUAAAUACAGACACUGUUUUGAUACACACGCACUGUGAUGGCAAACCAGCGAAGGGCUGAACAUAUGUAACAUUUUCUAACGGAUCACACGUUCUUGUAUGUAAAUCAGGCCAGUGAGCAAAUUCUCGAAUUCUGUACUCAGUGGAUACAACAAGUUCUGUAGCUACUGAGUACUAAUUUUUAAAUCGUUUGAGACAAUUCAUUUUUAACAUCAGAAGUUGCAGAUAUGAUAUCCAUCAGCCUUACAAUGGUUUUAGAUUAUUCCAAAUUCUGGAACAUCUACUCCAAAAUCUCAGAACCACCCUCACGGUUUGCCAUGACCUUGAACACCCAACAAUGCUGACCUCAAACGCUUAGAGACGUAUGACCACUUCCUAAAGGCAGUGCUUGGGUUAGACUCCCUGUCCCCACCAGCAUGGUACUUAGUGCUCAUAUCUCAACAGGUUUGCCGGCCAGUUGUGCAAGAGGAGGGAAGGCAGCCAAGGGGGGUGCUGGGGGGUACGGGGUCAACCCCCUUGGCAACAAUGCAGCAGCUCGUGAAAUCACCUGGGAAGAUUUUGUUUUGGCGAGCCAGCUAUCUGCUCUGUGUUUCGGAGCACUCUUCGCCCUGUGCAUCGUAGCCUGCUGCGCGUACAAGAUCUGCGGUCCUGCUGAGGACAUCGACUGGUCCUACAGAUAUUCCGUGUUCAAGCCACCCCCGCCACUGCCACCUGAGCUUCUGGAUGAAAUCUACACUGUGCCAGCUCCAGACAGUGUAUCCAAGCAUUCCAACACUGACGUCCAAACACCAAAAACCCCAAAACACUCCAGAACCAGUCUCACGUCGCAACGCUAUAACGACACCCCGACGGACAUAGAGAGUGUAUACGAGAGCGACCGACCCACGGUUGCGUCAGUUAGCCUGGAGUCAGUAAUCGAUCACAGAUGUGCAAACAUUCGUCAGAGUCAGUUACCUAAUGGGAGGUCCCUAGCCCAUUCCUUAGGGAGCAUAACUCCAGCCAAACCUCACAGAUCAAUUUCCAUUCAGAAUAAUCUAUCUGCUUGUAGAACUCCAAGGCUGCUGAGCUUUGGGUCUAUGUUAGAAGGGAGACCGAGACUCCUGACUCUCUCAGCUCUGACAUCAUCCAGAGCAGUGAAGGAAGUGACGGGUCGAAAUUUAGCCAACAGGCUAGCAGCCCACGACCAGCACGGGUCUACGCUAGACUUAGCCAGGGCAGCGGCCUGCUCUGUUCCUAGCCUUGCUUCAAGGUCAUUCUCAGACCCACACACGAACAGAAUAUAAGAAUGAAAGGAAAAUGGAGCAUAUGAUAUCCUCAGUAAGAAAUACUAUAAACUUUGAACACUAAACAGGAUGUCAGCCCUCAGCGAUGCUCAAUCUAGGUGCUUACCAAUCUCCUGGCCAGUAACUAAGCCAAAACUAGUGCCUCAUUUCAGAAGGAAAUCACUGUCAAGAUGCAAUUGCAUUUACAUCAUGUCACUGUUCCUAGCGAACGGGAGUGAGUGCUAAGUCUGAAAAGUGUUUAGCACCUUUAUCUAUUUGCAGACAUUUAACAAUAUAUAUAUAUAUAUAUAUAUAUAU